ACGGGCAGGGGCAGUCUACCGGCGCAAUGCCCGCUUGCUGCUAAGGAGCUAGCUGGCUGUUCGACGGGUGCGGAGAGACACGACGGCGAGGGACAGGAAGGUAUCAAACGGCUUGGCUCGACCCGGCUAAGCAGUUCCAAGGAAUAGCGGCCACACUCCCGCCGGUCGUGUGGCUCAGGCUAAGCGCUUUCGUCCAGCGAGUGCGUUUGAGAUCAUGGGGAAACUGCAGAGCAAAAUUAGCCGAAACUCCUCCAAACGCAGGGCUGACAGGUAUGAGGAAGAGCCCUCUCCUGCCAAGGUGGUGCAGCAGCCCUGUCCGGCUCACUGCGGCGCUGUGGCUUCAGUGGCGUCCCUCACGGCUGACCUGUGCAUGUCAGGCGGCAAAGACAAGACUGUUGUCGUGUACAACUGGUGUCGUGGCUCCUUGGUUAGGAGGUUCCUUGGUCACGAGCGUGAAGUUACUAAGGUGACCUGCCUCCCGGCCUCCAACUGGCUCUUCAGUGCUUCCCGAGACAAGACAGUGCUGAUGUGGGGGCUCCAGGGGGGCUCUGGGGCAGCCCAGGGCUUCUCAGGGCAUGACCUGGUGGUCACUGGCUUGGCUGUCAGCCCAGUUUUCCAACAGCUUUGCACAGGCUCCCGUGACAACACUGUCUGCACCUGGGACAUAGAGACAGGGGACUGUUUGCACAGAGCAUCCAUUUCCAGGAAUCUGGUAACUCAUCUGUGCUGGGUUCCCGGAGAGCCGUAUAUAGUCCAAGCAUCAGAGGAUAAAACAAUUAGGAUCUGGGACAGUCGGGAGCUCCGUGUGGCUCAUGCCUUCCCUGCCAAGCAGCAUAUCCAGACGUCCUGCGAUGUCAGCUCAGACGGGCGGUACUGCGUCAGUGGCAGCAGUGGCUGUGGCGGCGAAGGCUGUGAGGCCACGCUCUGGGACCUGCGGCAGGUCAAGUGCCGAGUGCGAGAGUUUUGGGGCCACUCCCAGACCACGGCAUCCUGCAUCUUCCUCCCUCGGGGCCUCGGGGCCUCCCCGGCCAUUGCCACUUCGUCACAUGACUGCACAGUGAGAGUCUGGAGCCAGGACUCUGGAGCCUGUGUGGCUACAGCCUGCCUUGAAGGAGCCGGGCCUCUGCCUUCGCUGGCCGCCUUCGAGAGCGGUUCGCUCCUCUGCGCCAGCUCCAACUCCGGGAUUCACUUGCUGAAGUUUAGCUCUGCAAAAGGAACGGACCUCCAAGAGCUGGCCAAGUUCUGAGCCCCAGAGACCUGCUUCCAUGGGGGUGGGGAGCAGCCUUCAUGAGGCUAUUUGGCUGAAAGCCUUCCGGGCCGCUGUGUCAGGGCAGAAGGAAAUGGCACAUAGAUGGGGGUGCCUGACCGGAAGACUUUGCAGGAGCUGCAGCAAAAGGACACACCCAGGUGUAUAAAUGAGCAAGGAAUGAACAGUGGAGCUCCUUUACUCACUAUUGUGUGGAGAAGAUGGACCAGAUUUUGUAGAAGCACUUUGUGUUUGUGCAUUUGUCAUCUGAGCCAGUUUUAUACACACACACACACACACACAGAGAGAGAGAGAGAGAGAGAG